CCUACAUCUCCACCGUUCAUUCUCCGCCCCCUCGUCCAUCUCCACCGUCCAUUUCUCAACACCCCUCUUUCCCGUGAAACUCCUUUCACCACGUGACCUUAUCUCUCCUUUUUUUUUUUCCAUAUCCUUUUUCCGUUCAUCUCUUCACAUUUCAAUCCCAAAAAUUCCCCAAAUCUGCAAACCCUAAUUUUCCUCUCAAAUUAAAAAAAAUCAAUGCCGUCGUUCAGAAAAUCAUCCUUUGGGAGACGAAGCUCCGACAUCGGAAACAAUGGCGGCGACGGCGGCGGAGGAGGAGGAGGAGAGGAAUAUUUGGUGGAGAAUGUGAGGGAUCGAAUCGCGUCCUCGCGCCGCAGCCAGCUGGAGCUGAUGGAGAACGAGUUAGGGCUCGGCCCGGCCCGAAGGAUCGGCCCGCAGAGGAUAAUCGAUGGAUUGAGAGACCUCUCCCAUGGAUUCUUCAUUAAUCCCGAUAACAGGUGGUACAAAGCCUGGCAGAAGUUCAUACUUCUAUGGGCAAUUUACUCAUCGUUCUUCACUCCAAUGGAGUUUGGAUUCUUCAGAGGCCUCCCAAAGCAUCUCUUCCUUUUGGACAUCAUCGGCCAGCUCGCUUUCCUCGUCGACAUUGUCUUAAACUUUAUUGUCCCUUACAGAGAUCGACAUUCUUACAAGAUGAUCUUUAACCAUAAUGCCAUCGCCAUCCGGUAUCUCAAGUCUCAUUUCUUUCCCGACCUUCUCGCUUGUAUGCCGUGGGAUGUCAUUUAUAAGGGUGUCGGGACGCAAGAAGAAGUGAGAUACAUGCUAUGGAUUAGGCUAACACGGGUUCGCAAGAUCGUAGAUUUCUUCCAAAAGUUGGAGAAAGACAUACGUAUAAAUUACCUCUUUACUAGGAUCGCGAAACUCAUCUUUGUCGAGCUCUAUUGCACGCACACCGCGGCGUGCAUUUUCUAUUACUUGGCGACUACGCUCCCGGAGGAGAAAGAAGGACACACUUGGAUCGGUAGUUUAUCGUUAGGAGACUACAGCUAUUCGCAUUUUAGAGACAUCGAUAUUUGGAAACGUUACACAACUUCGCUCUACUUUGCCAUUGUCACCAUGGCCACCGUAGGCUACGGCGAUAUCCACGCGGUCAAUAUGAGAGAGAUGAUAUUCAUAAUGGUGUACGUCUCGUUCGACAUGGUCCUCGGUGCUUAUCUAGUCGGUAACAUGACCGCGUUGAUUGUGAAAGGCUCGAAAACGGAGCGAUAUAGGGAUAAAAUGACCGAUGUCACUAAAUACAUGAAUCGAAACGAGCUUGGGAGGGACCUUCGGAAUCAAAUUAAAGGGCACCUCCGGUUGCAAUACGAGAGUAGCUACACCGACGAUGCUGUUCUUCGAGAUCUCCCGAUCUCAAUACGCGCCAAGAUAUCUCAAACCUUGUACAAGUCCUACGUCGAGAAUAUCCCUCUUUUCAAGGGUUGCUCGGCAGAGUUCAUCAACCAAAUCGUAACCCGGGUGCACGAGGAGUUUUUCCUCCCGGGCGAAGUUGUAAUGGAGCAAGGGAAUGCCGUGGAUCACCUCUACUUCGUUUGCGAUGGUGUUUUGGAAGAGGUCGGGAUAGCCUCGGAUGGGACCGAAGAAACAGUAUCUCUUUUGGAGCCCAAUAGCUUGUUUGGAGAGAUUUCGAUUCUUUGCAACAUCCCACAACCUAACACGGUCCGUGUUUGCCAAUUGUGUCGACUCCUACGCAUCGACAAACAAUCCUUUUCGAAUAUCUUCGACAUAUACUUCCAAGAUGGCCGGAGAGUUCUCACCAAUUUGCUCGAGGGGAAAGAAUUGAAUCUACGCGUGAAGCAAGUCGAGUCGGAUAUCACGAUCCAUAUUAGUAAACACGAGGCCGAGCUCGCCUUGCGAGUGAAUAGCGCGGCUUAUCACGGCGAUCUUUAUCAACUGAAAAACUUGGUUCGAUCCGGAGCCGAUCCUAACAAAAGAGAUUACGAUGGUCGAACAGCUUUGCACCUCGCUGCGUCGAGAGGGUUUGAAGACAUUACCUUAUUCCUUCUACAAGAAGGCGUAGAUGUGAACGCCGAAGAUAACUUUGGGAACACGCCGUUGUUUGAAGCCAUCAAGAGUGGUAAUAAUCAAGUUGCUUCGUUGCUCGCACGAGAAGGGGCUUUGCUAAAAAUGGACAACCCCGGUGGGUUCUUGUGCGCGGUGGUUGCAAAGGGCGACGCGGAUUUGCUCAAGAGAUUAUUGUCGAAUGGCGUCGAUCCCAACUCCAAAGACUACGAUCAUCGCUCCCCGUUGCACGUCGCGGCCUCUCAAGGGCUGUAUUUGAUGGCAAAGCUACUUGUGGAAGCUGGAGCUAGUGUUUUUACAAAGGAUAGGCGAGGCGAUACCCCGAUCGAUGAGGCGCGGUUUUGUGGAAAUAAAAGUGUGAUCAAGCUUCUUCAAGAGGCGAAGACGGUUCAACUAUCAGAAUUCCCCGAAUAUUUCUCAGAGACUCCACGUGCUUUUCAACCAGAAAGAGCCCGCACAAAGAAGUGCACGGUUUUCCCGUUCCAUCCAUGGGAUCCGAAGGAGGCAAGAAAACACGGGGUUGUAAUUUGGGUUCCGUCCACCAUUGACGAGCUGAUACAAAAAGCAUCGGAGCAGCUUGGAGUGGAUGAUGGAACGAGUGUUCUAUCCGAAGAUGGAGGUGAGAUUCUUGAGGUGGAUAUGAUCGACGAUGGCCAAAAAUUGUAUUUGAUCACUAAAAGUCGGACAAAUUGAAUAUCAACAACACGUACGCACAUAUAUAAUCAACACGAUGCUGAUUAGAGUUAAUCAUAUAUAUAUAUAGAUGGACUUAAUUUUUGUGUGUACGAAAUUUGGAAAAGAAAGAAUGUAAAAUUUAUUGUGAUUUAUGUUGUCUACAAAAUAAAAUUAAAAAUCA